AAAGGAGGCGCUGUGGAAAAGUAGAUUUUGUUGAGGUAUGGCUUAUCAACUUUGCCUUCCUGGUUGCAUUUAUUUACUCUAAAGGCUGUCAGAUUUAAUGAAUUUACAGAUAGACUUUAGAAGCUAGUGAUAUAGUUUGAAUGAAGUUGUAAAAGCUCGAAGAUGCCAGUCAUCCCAGGUCAAAUGGAGCAAAGUUGGCAAGCUGGCUCAGAAGUAAUUGCUAAUUACGACUUUCCAGGCAGGUCACAAGAAGAUCUACCGUUCGCCAAAGGGGAUAUUUUGGUCAUUGUGAGACCUACCACAGAUCCAUACUGGUUUAUGGCACGGAACAGAAACCAUAAAGAAGGGAUGAUUCCUGCUAAUUAUGUACAAGAAAGAACAGUUGUACAGUUACAAGCCAUGCCAUGGUUUCAUGGAAAAAUUAAGCGGGAGCAAGCUGAGGAACUAUUAAAGCCGUACCAAGAUGGUCUUUAUUUAAUUCGUGAAAGUGGAAAUUUUCCCGGAGACUAUACGCUGUGCGUUUGUCAUCAGAAUAAAGUGGAACAUUACCAUAUAUUAUAUAAAGAAAACAGAUUAACCAUUGAUGAUGAAUCAUAUUUUAGAAAUUUAACGGAAUUAGUUGAGCACUAUACCAAAGAUGCUGAUGGUUUAUGUACAAAUUUAGUUCUACCUAUAAGGAAAGCUGGUACAAGUUUUGGUACUGUUAGUGUACAGGAUUUCCAAUCAGGUGGAUGGGUGAUACCUCCAGGUGAAUUAAAAAGAAUGGAAACUAUUGGAAGGGGAGCUUUUGGAGAGGUAUUUAAAGGAAUGUACAAGGGACAGGUUGUAGCUGUAAAACAAUUAAAAGAUAAUAACAGAGCUGAACAAACGUUUUUAACAGAGGCAUCAGUCAUGACAUCUCUUCGCCAUCCAAAUUUAGUACAGUUAAUAGGAGUAACGCUGGAAGGAGGUAUAUGUUUAGUAACAGAGUUCAUGGCUAGAGGUAGUUUAGUUGAAUAUCUACGUUCUAGAGGUAGAAGUGUUAUUACAAAGAAAGACCAGAUUAAUUUUGCAACAGAUACAUGUAGUGCUAUGGAUUAUCUGGAGAGUAAAAAUUUAGUACAUAGAGAUCUUGCUGCUAGGAAUGUACUGGUUAAUGAUGAUGGUACAUCAAAGGUUUCUGAUUUUGGACUUGCUAAACAUGAUAACUUUAGUCAAGAAGGAGUCAAGUUUCCUAUUAAAUGGACAGCACCAGAAGCAUUGCGAGAAAAUAAAUUUACAAGUAAAUCAGACAUGUGGAGUUUUGGUAUAUUACUGUGGGAAAUUUAUUCCUUUGGUCGAGUGCCUUAUCCUAGAAUUCCUCUUGCAGAUGUAGUUAUGCACGUAGAAAAGGGGUAUAGAAUGGAAGCUCCAGAAGGUUGUCCACCAGAAAUAUACAGCAUUAUGAAAGAUUCGUGGGAUAUUGAUCCAUUGAAGCGUCCCACAUUUAACACUGUUAUAGCUAAACUGAACAAUUUACGCUCUAUAACUGUUUAAAGCUUUAUGUGUCUUAAUAUUAUAAAACAUGAUAUGCACCAAAAUAUUUCGGAAUGUUUUUGUCUAACUCUGAAUGAGAAAAGGUCAGGUGAAAUUAUCAGAAAUAAGAAUUUGUUAAGUUUUUUACAUUGGAGCAGAUUUAGUUGAUUUCAUAAGAGUAAAAUAUUAUGUAAAACAGAUUUUAAUUAUUAUCAAACAAAGUCAGCUUAAUUAGUUGAUAGCUUACCAUGGAAGUAUUAAUAUUACCUUCUGUUUGUCUGGUCAAAUAGUAUAUUAUAAAGAAAUUUGUAUUCUAAUUUCUUUUCACAUAUGAAAGGAGUAUCAAUGUUCUCUUUCGAUUGGAUAGGAUUCCUUUCUUAAUCAAAGGCGCUUUUUGAUUAUUCAGAUUUAGGUGAUAACAACAGAUAUGUAUUAUGUAUUCAUUAAAAAUAUAUUUUAAGCUAAAUAUGCUAAGCUAAAUGUGCUGGAAACAUUAUAUCAAACUACAUGCUGAUUGUAUCAUGCAUUAUACAAGUUAUGUAUCUGGUUGUUUUGUUUAUGUUUCUUUUAAUGUAAAUAGUUUCAUGUUGCUUACAUGUAUCUAAUUACCUAUCGGUAUUUAUUCUAUUAUAACUGCUAAUACAUGUUGUACUAUAAACAAAAUUUAUUUUUGAGGAUUUACAUUCUGUGAGGUGAUAUUUUAUUAACAACAGGAUAUAUGAGAACAAAGCCUACUCAAUCAAAAGUAUUUUUAGUAAAAACAGUUCAGUCAAAUGACUUUUAAAAUCCAUCAAUUCUAUUAGAAAGUUAACAUUAGUUUCUAUUGAUUUUACACUGUCAUAAUGAGACUUAGAGACACUAACUUUAUGAUAAUGUAUUCAAGGGUUGCCUGCUAUUUGGCUGGAUAUCUCUUCUGUAAACUGCUCGAUGUUGCUCAUUCUUUUCUUGCUUAUAAUGUUUUUCUUAGUUUCAUUAGUUCAUUGAUGUUCCCCUGUUGACUGGUAUUGGUUUGUAAGAAAGACAAUGAAAUUAUAGUCUUUCCACAUUCUGUACUUACUUCUUUACAAAACAUGAUAAAUACUUUAUUAUUUGAAAGGGUAGUUUAGCUGUCUUUGCAGAAAUAUUUGCUAUGGCUUUAUUAUCCCGAGCUGAAUGAAGUUAUAGACAGAUAUUUAAAUGGACUAUUACAGAAAGCGUUCUAUAUCAUUAUGAUACUUUGUACACACAUCAACCUAUUUAGCAGUUAUGCCUUUUGCAAAUUCGCAAUUUUGCAGAUUUAAUAUUGUUUAUAUUUCCAUGUAAACAAAAUUGGCUUAGUUUUUGGUAUACAAUUAUUAUUCUUGAGUAUAUUACAGAAAGUGUUCUAUAUCAUUAUGGUACUUUGUACACACAUCAACCUUUUAAAAAAGUUGCACUGUUCGCUAAUUUGAAAAUUCUCAGAAACUGUUCAAGAUAUUUUUAUGAAACUUUCAAAAAAUCUGUUUUCAUUCAUACAUUUAGAACUGAGCAUAUAACUUUUCAGUCUUUUGAGACUUCGAUACUAAAAGAAGACAGUGGUGGUAGUUUGUAAUUGAACUCAGUUUGUGUUUACUAUAACCAUGUAGCUUAAUAGGAAUGCCUGAUUUUAUUUGUUACACAUCUUAACAUGUACGACUAUAUGUAUCUGGUUGUUGAUUACCAAAAACACACAGUUUUAUCUAUCUCUGUACCUUCCAAAACAUGACCAAGAUUGCAAGGUGUUAAUGACUGAGUCUUCUUAUUUUAUUUUACUUUGGUAUUAUCAGGUCACAAAAAUAUUGUAUGUUGGUCAUUAAAUUCUUUGAUAGAAUGUAAGUGAUCAGGCCUUAUAUACUAAUUUAAAAUCAAAGCAUUUUUUCAUAGAAAUUGUAUAUAUUUUUCUUUUAAAAUUUAUGUUUUUGUAUAUAUUUCAUUGUAUUAUAUAUAAGCUAGCCACAAUCAUCAAAUGUUUUGUCUUUGUUAACCUUAGUUGAUUGUGUGUGUGAGUUAGUUGUAUUUUACGUCCCCCUCCACCGAGGUGAUAUCACAGACAAUAGUUGAUUGUGUCUUUUAAUACAUUGUUGUAUUUUCACCUGUAUAUUAAUUUCAAGGUUCAGGAAGACAUUAACGAAGGAAGACUAAAUUUAGAUUUUUAAUUUUGGCAAACUUGGGUUUAAUUACAUGUAAAUGUAAAAUGCCAGACUAAAUUGUAUUUGUUACUUUAAUAUUUAAAUAGGAGAAUAACUUGACAUUUAUUUUAAUUUUUUUUGUAUAUUAAUAUGAUGCCAUAUCUGAAUUUAUUUUACUUUAUAUCUAUCAUUAUGCAUCGAAAACCCUUUUCACAUUAUUUAUUCCAUUAAAAGCAUCCUUAAUCUGGGAGUAAAGAAUUUAUCCUUCCCCGACCCCAUAAUGACCCCAUAAUUAUUAUCGUUAUGAAUUUUUGUAAUAUGUUGGAUACUCUCAACACUGAUAUUUUUUUUUUACCCACCGAGCCAAAGACCAUAUUAUGUACUAUGCAAAAACAAUGUAUUAGGCCCACAAGUAGAAGUUGUGCUUUAAUGUACAUGUAUAUGACUCAUUAUUUAAUUUUAUUGAUUAGAUUGAGCUAUGUUUAGAUUUAUUUAUUUUGUAGGAUAUCAGUGUAAAAUAACACACCAAAAUUAGGUGUGAAAUCUUGCUGAGGUUUUAAUAUUGUUUAAUGUAUUUCUUAAUUUUUUUUUUUUUUAUAAACAAUAUAUUUUUUAUUCAGGUUAAAUAAUGUUUUCUGAAUAGGAAUUAGAAAACAGGUAUAGCCCCUCUCCUGGUGUGUUAACGUUUUCAGAUAUGUGUUAUUUGUCCUUUUAUCAAUUGGGGAAAAAACCUGCUUUUUAGGAUAUGUCAUAUGCUGUUAUUAACACUGAUAUCAGAUGUUUAUUAGCAUGAAGAUGAGCUUAGGUUUCAACAAAUCAUUGAUUUUCCUUGAAGCUGAUUGGUGAAUCAAAUUGUCUGUAUUGUUAUAAACAGGGCUCCUAUUCUGUUAUAUUUGCCGUUCAACUGCCUGGCAGGGAAAUUGACUGACUGGAGAAUAUAUUUGUGUCGUAAAAUUGGGGCAUAGCCUUCAAAUUUAUAGUUUUCUCUAAAUGCACUUUAAUAUUGAUCCAUCAGUUGUGAUAAAGCUUUAAUUGAUCACAUUUUUUGCAAAUAAUUUCUGGCUAAUCUAAGAAAAGUAAAAAACCUCUUUGGCAAAACAGUUAAUUAAAUCGACCAGCUUUUGAAAAACUGUAAUUGCAUAGUCAGAAGUAUAAAUGUUAUAAAUAUAGUUAUUAGUAGUUAUACAUUCCAUGAAAAUAAUAUAAAUUAUGGUCUGAUAUGUGAGAUUUUGGUGACCAAGGUUUAUCUUGAAUACAACAGGUCUUAACAAUGAUUUCAAAACAAGGGAAAUAAUCCAAAUUUUGACUUGCCAUAUGUAUCCUAGUUAGUAAACCUUACUUUAAGCAUAGGUUUAAAUAAACAUGGGUUACAAAAAUUAAUAUAGAUGACCAUUUUUGAGGGCAAGAUUAAGUUAGAGUAUAUUAUUCAUAGAUGUAUUGUAUAAUGUGUUAGUAUCAUUUAUAUUGUCUCUUUAUACAUGUAGAUAUAUAUUGUCUGCUCAUGUCUCUGUAUUUUAAAGGAAGAUAUAUUAUAAUAAACCAAUGUUGUAAUAGCUCUAUAUGUAUCUAUUUAUAAAUCAUAUAGCUGAUAUAUCUAAAAUGAUUGAUUUGGAUUAUACUUUAUAAAAAUUAGAAACAAAAACAGUAUAAAUAAGUAAGCUUUGGUUUAUUUAAAAAAUUGAUUGUUAAUACCAUACUUCAGUAAUGCUUUUACAGCUAGCUAAGAAGUCAAGCAAAUUAAAUUAAACCUGUCAAUUUUCACUUCAAACUAAAUACACUUACACUAUUUGAGGGUGGUUUAACUACCUGUUUAUGAUAGAAAUAAAUAGGUAUUUGAAUUAAACAUGAAGUAGAAAUGUGUAACCUGAUGAAGUAGGGUUACUGUAUUCAAUAUCAUACUGUAGAUAGUAAUGCCACAGGUGGUCUAAUCUAAUCUGCUUAAAACUAACAGCAACAGAUAACUGAUAAAUAAACAGCUGCUUCCUCUCUGCAUGUUUAUGUAAUCACAGAUUUCAUAUCUUUGUCGGUGUCCCAUUUCCCCAUGCUUAGGAACAAACCUAGAUUGUUUUUUUAUACGCCCACAUUUUCAUGUGGAUGUAUAUUGUCGUUGCCCCUGUCCGUCCGUCUGACCACAAUUUGUUUAUGGACACUCUACAGGUCACAAUUUUUAUCCGAUUUUGAGGAAACUUGAAAUAUAGGUCUUAUCACCCAAAGAUCUCGGUUCCUUUCGAUAUUGGCAUGUAUCGAACCGUAACUUCGUGGAUUAUGGCCCCUGAUUGUACGAAAAAUCACGUUUUUAGCUUGUGGACACUAUAGAGGUCACAAUUUUGAUCUGAUUUUGUUGAAACUUGAAAAUGCAUGUUUAUAACCCAAAUAUCUUGUCCCAUUUCGAUAUUCGCGCAUAUCGAAUCAUAACUUCCUGAAUUAUGGACCCUGAUUGUACGAAAAAUCGCGUUUUUAGCUUGUGGUCCCUCUAAUGAUGGUUGAGUUGGAAUUUCGUGAAAAUUGGACCAAAACUGCCAGACAAAAUGGUAGCUUCUUGUACGCAAAUAGUGUAAAAUAUGGUAUAUCAAGGUUGUGGACCUUCUAGAGGUCACAAUUUUCAUCUAUUUUGAUGAAACUUGGAAUGCAUGUUUAUAUCCCAAAGAUCUUGGUUCCUUUCGACAUUCGCGCAUAUCGGAUCCUAACUUCCUGAAUUAUGGCCCUUGAUUGUAUGAAAAAUUGCGUUUUGAGCUUGUGGUCCCUAUAGAGGUCACAAUUUUUAUCCGAUUUAAAAACAAACGUGUGAAUAUAUCACAGUUAUACACUAAUGAUGGUUGAGUUCGAACUUCGAGAAAAUCGGACAAAAAUUGUUUGCAAAUAGUGUAAAAAUGUGGUAUAUCAAGGUUUUUAUCCGAUUUGGAUGAAACUUUAAAUAUAAGAUUGUAUCAUAAAGAUCUUGGUUCCUGUUGACAAUCACACUGGAUUCUCUAGAGGUCACAUUUUUUUUCCGAUUUUAAAAAAAUGUUUAGAUAUAUUAUCACCAUUCCACCAUAAUGAAGGUUGAAUUGGAAUUUCGGGAAAAUCAAAAUGAACUGGGGGAUAAAAUGGCCGCUCUUUGUUUUUAUCCAAUUUUGAUGAAACUUUAAACAUAUCUUUAUAUUCCAAAAAUCUCAGUCCCUUUUGAUAUUUGCGCAUUUCAAACCAUAACUUUCUGGAUUAUGGUCCCUGAUUGUACAAAAAAUCGUUUUUGUUUAUAGCUUGUUCUCUAUCCAUCUCCUGCAAAAUGUGGGCGUAUCCUGCCUGGCAGCCACUGGUUCAUGACUAGAGCAGAAGGUUAUCAACCUGCUUAUGCUGAUCUAUAUUAAUAAUGCAUGUUCAAUUAAAUGCAUGUGUAUUUAUUUAUCAAUAUUCCUCAAAUCAGGCCUAUAAAUGAAAGGUCCUUAAACAUACAUUGUGCUAAUAGCUAAAUCUGCCAAUUGCAGGUCUUUCUUUAGGCCUGAAAUGUUAUCUAAAUUAUUAAUUAGACAUUAAUUAACUUAUCCAGAUCAUAAUCAACUUUCGAUGGCAUCGCUAGCCUGUGAUAUUUACUGGAUUAUGAUCCCAUUUGCUACUCGACUUCCAUUCAUAAUUUAAUCAUGAAUUGGAUGAUCAAGACAAUGUUUUCUAUGUACAGACUUUAGUAAUGAUGAUCGAUGCUAGGCCGAAAUUUCAAUUGCCUAAUUCUCGGUUCAUGGUGGAUCAAUUUUACUGAAAAUUUCAGCAAAUUACCUUUACAUUAUCUAGUUUUUAACUAUUAUAGUGAGAACUGCCAUCUCUUUAUCUUAUCUCCCAUAACGUAUCUUUAAUAAUAAUAUUUUAUAUUGAAUUGAUUGAUGGCUAUGGAUAACAUAAAUGAAAGCCACAUUUUAGUUAUUCAUAUACUAGUUUGACAUUAUUUCCAGAUUACCAGUAAUGUGUACAUGUAUUAAAUAAUAUAAUAUAAUGUCUGUUUAUUAUUCAGGGAAUGGUCUAACAUUUCAUGUUUAUCAAUAUCAAGCUUUAGUGCCAUUUUAUACCUUCAUUUUAAUAGGUAUAAAAAAAAAAUUAUCUGUUGAAAUGUGAAUUGUGUAAUUUAAUAAUCAAGCAAACUGUCAUAUUUAGUGUAGACUGCUUUAAUAUUUGUUGUAAUAUUAAUAAAGUGCUAUGUAAAUACUACAAAUAAAAUAUGCAUGUAUAUUGAAUCAUUUACCAUUGUCGGCAUGUUGUAGGUCUUCUGGGUUUAUUGUAAAAUACUUGUACAUGGUAUCAUUAGAUAUAAAACAUUUUACACUAAA